CGGGUUAUGUGGGCUCGUCGGCUAUUGGUUUCUUGCAAUGGUUCCCGGAAUGCACCGCGGGUAAACAGGAAUGGCGGAUGAGGAAGGAGAGGAGGAUCCCGGCUUCAACAACAUGGGAAAUCAGCUGCAACUUAUCCCGGAAAGCGAUGAAGAAGAUGCCAUGGAGCUGGAGGACGAAGAUCCAGCAGACAAUGAAACAUGCAGCAUCAUCAAUUUCGAUACCAGCCUGCCAACCUCACAUGCGUACCUGGGAGUGGACAUGGAGGAGUUCCAUGGGCGCACACUCCACGAUGAUGACAGUUGUCUGAUGAUGCCGGUCUUGCCGCACAUACAGAUGAUGCUAAUUCCAGGUCAGACGCUGCCUCUGCAUCUUUCCAGGCCCCAAGAAGUCAGUAUGGUGCGUGGCCUCAUCCAGAGGGACAGAACGUUUGCUGUGCUGGCAUACAGUGACAGACUACAGAGAGAAGCUCACUUUGGAACAACUGCUGAAAUCUACGCCUAUCGAGAGGAGCAAGAAUAUGGCAUUGAAACUGUGAAAGUGAAGGCGAUUGGACGGCAGAGAUUUAAAGUCCUGGAAACAAGAACACAGACAGAUGGGAUACAACAGGCGCGGGUGCAGAUCCUGCCGGAAAGGGUCCUGCCGUGUCCCAUGGCAUGCGUUCAUUUGGCCUCUCAGAGCAGACACCAACUCAUCCCAACUCUGAAAUCAGUUAGCGGUCGGAGUCAGCAGAGCCUCUGCCAGCGACUACACAAAUAUCGCAGGCGUAAGUUCCUAGGUGCCAGCCUGACCGCCUGGCCUUCGUGGCUGUAUGCAUUGUAUGAUCCCGAUUCCCUUAUGGAGCGAGUGAAGCGGCAGCUGCAUGAGUGGGACGAAAAUCUGCGUGAUGAUUCGCUGCCGGCUAAUCCAAUCGAUUUUUCAUACCGGGUAGCUGCUUGUUUGCCAAUAGACGAUGGUCUGAGAAUCCAGCUUUUACAGAUUGGAACUGCGAUCCAGCGGCUGCGAUGCGAGUUGGACAUCAUGAGCAAAUGUACGUCUCUCUGCUGUAAGCACUGUCACGACACAGAGAUCACCACCAAGAACGAGAUAUUCAGUCUCUCGCUUUCGGGUCCGAUGGCAGCGUAUGUGAAUCCUCAUGGUUACGUGCAUGAGACAUUGACUGUCUACAGAGCCAAUAACUUGAGUUUGGUAGGACGACCUUCCACAGAAAACAGCUGGUUUCCGGGGUUUGCCUGGACAAUCGCCCAAUGUAAUGUCUGUGGAAGUCACAUGGGUUGGAAGUUCUCCGCAGUCAAGAAGGAUCUGUCGCCACAAAGAUUUUGGGGCUUGACGCGUUCUGCUUUGCAGCCUCGUAUCCCAGAGGCAGAGGAUGGUGAAAGAGGACAAGAUCAUUCGCCAAUCUUAUGCCUGUGAUAUCUCUGUCAGCAUGGGGUGACUGCACUUACUGCUCCGCUUUGUUUCCCGAUGUCGGCUCUGCCCUUCGCUCCAGCACUGCAGCGAGUUGAAUGUAAUGACUGCGGGAUUGUCCUCUUUUCGUAUGGUUUUGGGAGUACAACAUCUGCUCACCUAGAAGGUGUCUGACUGUAAGAAUGGCACAUAAGGUCUUGACAUGCAGCUGCCAGAGGAAAUUAUCAGAUUUUGAGACCCAUAACAGCCCAGCUUAUAUAUUAUAUAAAAAAAUCACCUCUGUAGUGUUUAAGGCUUGUCGCUCAGACUUCCGCCACAGUCCUUUGUUGUAUCACCAGCCUUUCUGGACAUUUGUGCCUCUACCUAGCCUGUUCCUUCAUUCUCUAACCCGGGCUUUACUACACUAUGGAGCAACAUAUUUCCCUUUAUUGUUUAUAUUUGAUGUUGUCUGCUUGGCUCUCGCCAUUUAGUGGGAGCAGCGGGUUCAUUUUUCAUUCUGGUAACGCACAAAGUGUGUCACGGUUCAUAUCUGCCUGAGUAUGUAUAUAAUCAUCUCAAAGAGUAUGCAUGGAAGAACAAGUCACAAAAGAGCCAACCACCCCCUCCCUAUAACAUGGUCAAAGGAAAAAGAAAUAUCCUGUGACAACAGGCGCAAACAUCUUUAUCUGUUUGGAACAUUAUGCUUGAACCACGUGCAACAUAUGGGCAGGGAUUUGUUUUCUUGUAUACAUUGUUGCUCUGUUUAGUAGGAGAACUGCACAAAUAGUAGUAAUAUCUAGAUGAUACAAAUAAAUGGAAUAUCGAACCCAAA